ACCCACAGUUGCACAUAAACCCAACCCAUAGUUGUUCAGACUGAACUGUUUUUACCUUCACCUGGUCAUAUCACCUUCCUGUUCAGCCUGAUUCUGUGAGUGCGGGAAGCACAUCAGUGCCCACGUUUGGACGUACCUCAUCCUUCUACUCUAAGAUUGAGUUCUCUGUAGUCAUGCAAGCACACGAGCUGUUGAAGCAGCUGCGAAUCCCUGAGCUGUCCGAGGUGAGGGACUAUUUCCGCAGCCUCUCCACAAACACCCUGCUCGGCAUGGGCGCGUUCACCGCCGUCACGGCGUACUGGUUCGCCACCAGACCCAAAGCCCUCAAACCGCCCUGUGACCUGUGCAUGCAGUCAGUAGAGCUGCCGGGUGGAGAAUUUGCUCGUCGAGGAGCGGUUUUAAACGGAGACCCACUCCUGAGCCAUUUCUACGAGGAUGCCAAGACCAUAUACGAGAGCUUUCACAGGGGUCUGAGGGAGUCAAAAAACGGUCCCUGUCUGGGAUCCAGAAAACCAAAGCAACCAUAUGAAUGGCUUUCAUAUUCGGAGGUGAUUGAGCGAGCAGAAUAUUUGGGAUCAGCAUUUUUGCACAUAGGACACUCGAAGAACAAAGACCCCUACAUCGGCAUCUUCUCUCAGAACAGACCAGAGUGGACGAUUUCAGAGCUGGCCUGCUACACUUACUCUCUGAUAUCAGUUCCUCUGUAUGACACCUUGGGCACAGAAGCAAUAGGCUACAUCCUGGAAAAAGCCUGCAUCUCUACUGUCGUAUGUGAUGUACCCGAGAAGGCUCAGCUGCUGUUGGACUGUGUUUCGGGCAAACCGCACACAGUCAAAACCCUGAUCCUCAUCGAAAACUUUGAGGCUGAUUUAGUUAGCAGAGCACAGCAGUGCGGCAUCGACAUCGUCAGUCUGAGAGACACAGAGAAUAUUGGCAAGGCUCAUCGACAGCAUCCUGUGCCCCCUCAGCCUGAUGACUUGGCUAUUAUUUGUUUUACAAGUGGAACCACAGGAAACCCUAAAGGAGCGAUGCUCACCCACAGAAACAUAGUGUCUAAUACUUCAGCCUUCAUCUAUGUAACAAAGCCGUCUUGCCCCAUUGGUCCUCAGGACGUGCACAUCUCCUACCUGCCCCUGGCACACAUGUUUGAGAGAGUCGUACAGGGUCUGAUUCUGGUGCACGGCGCACGUAUCGGAUACUUCCAGGGUGACAUUCGAGUUCUGAUGGAUGACCUCACGACCCUGAAGCCCACCGUAUUUCCUGUGGUUCCUCGUCUGCUGAACCGCAUGUUUGACAAGAUCUACGGACAGGCCAACAGUCCCCUGAAGAGACGCAUCCUGGAGUUUGCGUUCAGGAGGAAAGAGAACGAGAUGAAGAGCGGGAUCAUGAGGAGGGACAGUGUGUGGGACAAGAUCAUAUUCAAGAAAGUGCAGGCCAGUGUUGGAGGUCACGUUCGAAUGAUGUUGACUGGAGCGGCACCCAUUUCAGCACCUGUUCUCACCUUCCUGAGAGCUGCAUUGGGCUGCCAGUUUUACGAAGGAUAUGGUCAGACCGAAUGCACUGCCGGCAGCACAACUACACUACCAGGAGACUGGACUGCUGGUCAUGUCGGAGCUCCUCUGCCCUGUAAUGACAUCAAACUAGUGGAUGUGGCAGAGAUGAACUAUUAUGCUGCUAAAGGCGAGGGAGAGGUGUGUGUGAGGGGUCCCAAUGUUUUUAAGGGGUAUCUGAAAGACCCUGAGAAGACGAAGGAAGCUCUUGAUGAAGAUGGUUGGGUUCACACAGGAGACAUUGGCAAGUGGAUGCCGAAUGGCACUCUGACGAUUGUGGACCGUAAGAAGCACAUUUUUAAGCUGGCUCAGGGUGAAUACAUCGCUCCAGAGAAGAUCGAGAACAUUUACAUCAGGAGCGAAGCUGUGGCGCAGGCUUUCGUUCAUGGAGACAGUCUGCAGGCCUGUCUGGUAGCCAUCAUUGUGCCUGAUCCAGACUUUCUUCCCACCUGGGCCAAGAAGAGAGGCAUAGAGGGCUCAUAUGAAGAGCUGUGCAAAAAUAAGGAUGUGAAGAAAGCCAUUCUGGAGGAUCUCGUCAAAUUGGGUAAAGAAAGUGGCCUGAAGUCUUUUGAACAGGUGAAGGACAUUGUUCUUCACACGGAGAUGUUCUCGAUCCAGAACGGCCUCCUGACGCCCACCCUGAAAGCCAAACGCACUGAUCUCAGGAGCCACUUCAGGAAGCAGAUCGAUGAGCUUUACUCCAACAUCAGAAUGUAAACCAGAGAAAGUGCCUCAGAUAUCACAGAGUAACAGAGCUGAUAUGGGUCCCAUGACUGAAUAGAGCUUGUCCAACAUUGCUUGUUGUCAACAGACAUAUCAUCGGUUUUAUGUGCCUUUCAGAAUAUGAUGAUAUACUCUCAAAGCUUCAUCACUCUGCUUCAGCUUUAAAGAUUGCACCCCAGGAAUUCGUCCUUACAUUUUAAAACCAUUAUUUUUGCCUUUAACUAUUUUAAGGGAAAGGGAAGAGAAAUCCAAGAACAAAAAAAAAAAAAAAAAAAACAGUUAUUGAAGACAAAAUAAUGUUCCUCUUUAAUUUAAGUGUAAUUAUUAUAACCAAGUAUGCUGUUCUGCUUAAAUUUGCUGAAAAUGUACUCAUCCUCCCUCCAAGAUGUAGAAGAGUUUGUUUGUUCAUCAGAUUUGAGGAAAUUUAGCAUUAAAUCACUUGCUCACCAAUGGAUCCUCCACAGUGAAUGGGUGCCAUCAGAAUGAGAGUCCAAACAGCUGAUAAAAACAUCACAAUAAUCCACACCACUCCAGUCCAUUAGUUAACAAAAGUGAACGGCUGCGUGUUUGUGAGACUCAUAUGUUUGUGGAUAGACGUCGUGUGAAUUAUUAUACUUUUUUUAGCAUCUGUUUGGACUCUCAUUCUGACGGCACCCAUUCACUGCAGAAAAUUCAUUGGUGAGCAAGUGAUUUAAUGCUAAAUUUCUCCAAAUCUGUUGCCAUGAAGAAAUAAACUCUGCUUGGAUGACCUGAGUGUGAGUACAUUUUUUUAGCAAACUAUUCCUUUUAUGUAGCAACGUUUGUGGCCUUUAUAUAAAAUAUAUAAAUGUAACUACUGCUUCAGCGCUGGUGACUUCAGUAUCUUGCAAUGAUUUCGUGUAAGUGUGUGUUUGGGAAAUAUUACUGUAUGUACAGUCUCAGGGAAAAAUGUGCCUCAGCUGCAUUUGAGUGUUGCUCAUGAAAGAGGAAAACGUACAAAAAAUUAUACAUUUUACAGUCAUUUUUUACUGUACCUCACAAUCAACGCGAAGGGUGAAGCACACACUCCACACUAGAUUUAGAAUGGGAAAUAUUUCAAUGUUUUGUCUUCCAGAUAUUUUAAUAUUCUGAAGCUUUUCCUGGACUAUUUAUUAACAGAACAUAAAAAAAAGAAGGAAAGUUUGGUAUUUUAGGAAAAUUACUGUUAUUGGUCCUUGAUUCGAGAAACACAAGCAAAGCGGAUUUGUUCGGUUCAGUUUUCAGUAUAAUUCUGUAUACUUGUAUAAAACUUAUUCUAAAGCAGCUUUACAAGAUAUAAAACCAUUGCUAUUUAAAUUGUAUAAAAGCUGCUACUUGCAACAGGCUCUGUGCAAAUGGUUCAUAAAUCUGUUUUUAUGAAUUUACUCAUAUUAGUUUUGCUUGUGUUUCAUGAAUAAGGUCUGUUGAGUUUAAACACAGCCUGCGUGAUUACAGCAUGUACCUAUAUAAGCCAUAUGCUGUUUAUAUGAUGCUUUCUUCAUCUUAAAUGUUAACUUUAAGACAGCUUCCAUUCUUAGCACAAACAACAACUGAUUGUGUUGCUUAUUUAUGUGAAGGCUUUGAAUGGCAGGUGUUUUAAGCUGUAAUGUUAUGGAUGUGAUGUGUCUCGUAUCAUUAUGCUGUAACAGCAUAGCAGAAUACAGGAGCUUUCCACAUGUGUCCUCGUGUUUCAUUGAUGGUUGCUGCUUCAUGUUCAUUGUAAUUGUGUGUUUAUAAUGCACAGGUUGUUUUUGUUGUUUAUUUUAGCCAAGAUUUAUCUUGUGUGUGAAAUGACAUGUAAGCCAAAUCAUCUGUCGUGUGUGUGACAGACAAAAGUGCACUCUUAAAAUGACUCGCUUGUACUCAAAUACAUUAUCAUGACAGUAAUGAUACAUGUAAAUUCCAUGUAAGAGAUGUACAUGAUAAAAUUAAAUAUGAUUUAUGGAUGA